AAUGGAGUCCUUUUCUUCUACCUAUUUGAUUCGCAGGCGAAGUAAGGCAAGGCGACAUUCGAGAUUGCGAAGACAGCUUGAUUACCGAUCAGGGGUCCAGAUUACAGGAAAUGACAUGUCAUAUAAUUAAAGUCCCUCAAUUAACUCAAACAGCAAUAAAUUAUUUAUUCAUUAAACUUUUGUAGGUAUACUUUCCCUUCUCUGGAAAGGUGUAGUCAUCAUCCGUCGUAGGCCAAGCGGUCCAAUUUCUGCGAACUCUCAUAUUUUGAAUUUUUGAUUUUGGUUGAUGCGCUACUGCACCAGUAGUUGGUUGUUUAUUUUAUUUGAUUCAAUUAUCUAGUAGAAAUUAGCAAUCAGCGGAGUAGCUAGGUGAGGUAAAGGGGCACGUAACGGCAGGAUGGGGCUGACAGCAGCAGGGGCUGGCGUAAUUGGAAUCUUAGCAGCCUUCAUGACUGUAACGGUAAUCGGCGUCGCUGAAGGGGAGCGUUUUAACAUCACUCCUUCAACGGGCGGUCUAUUUUGGUCAUCGGCAAAAGAGGAGUCUGAUCUUAUGCUCAAGGCUGAACCCGACAAAGAUUCCUCCGCUGCUGUCGCCGUCAGUGACCCUGAUGGCCUUGACGGUGGUUUCUCUUCUCUAGAUGGAAUGUUACAGUGGGCCAUUGGUCAUUCCGAUCCAGAGAAAUUAAAGGAAAAUGCACAAGAUGUCCAGCGCCUGUCUCCUAGUGAGUUGAAGAAGCGUCAGAUGGAAAUUAAGGAGCUGAUGGACAAGUUGAGAAUGCCAUCUGAUUCCCAGUUGAUGCAGAAAGCAAUAGAUGACUUAAAUAACACUUCUUUAUCUUUGGAGGAUCGGCACCGUGCAUUACAGGAGCUUCUAAUUCUUGUGGAGCCAAUUGAUAAUGCAAAUGAUUUGGAUAAAAUUGGCAGGUUCGAUGUAUUAAUACGAGAGCUUAAUCACCCUGAUCCAGAUAUGAGGAGAAUUUCUGCAUGGAUUCUUGGGAAAGCAAGUCAAAACAAUGCAGCUGUCCAGAAACAGAUCUUGGAUCUUGGUGCACUCACCAAGUUAAUGGAGAUGGUAAAAUCAACUGAUGUAGAAGAAGCUAUAAAAGCAUUCUAUGCUGUUUCAGCAUUGAUUCGAAAUAAUUUGGCUGGUCAGGAAACGUUUUAUGCAGCAGCUGGAGAUAGGAUGCUUCAGGACAUACUUAGCAACUGGAGCAUUGAUGUCAGACUCAGGAAGAAAGCUGUUUUUUUGGUUGCUGAUCUGGCUGAAAGUCAACUUGAAAAUGCCCAGAGAUUUGAGUUGCCUUUCUUCAGCAAUCACUUAUUCCUGAAGUCUAUAGUUGAUCUGACAGAAACAACUGACCUUGAUCUCCAGGAAAAGGCCCUUGUUGCUAUCAAGAAUCUCCUGCAACUCAGUACAACUCAAGCUUUGAUUUUUAAGGACUUCUGUGGCCUGGAUGGUGCUUUGGAGAGGAUGAGGCAACAACUGGAAGAUUCAAUGGUAGAGGAAUAUCAUAAUGAUUAUGUGAUGGAUGUGGAAAACAUUCGUAGAGAAGUGGAGCUGAUUUUCCAUGGGAAGGUUGGAAAGGUCAUUAGAGUCCCGACAUGAAGAGACAAAUCUGCCCUUGCACUUCUUUUGUAUUACAAGUUAAUCUCCAUCAAUCUUUCUAGGAUUAUCUAUAGACAGAUCCUUUAAUCCUGGGCUUUAACUUGGGGCGUUAUAUGCGCGUCCCUUUAAGAACAUCAGUAGAAAAUUAGAAGUAGUUCUUAACUGUAUGCAAGCAACAUCUAAUCCUUAAUCACAAACUAGUUGGGUUUGACUGUAUAAAUUGCCAAUAUAUCUACUCUGAGUUAUAUGAA